UCAGUCCCGUUUCCCUCCAUGGUCUCUCCUCUCCCUGAGUAACUUGGCGUUUGGUUCAGUUCAUUAUACAGUCCCAUUUUCUCCCUCCAUUAGGGGCAUCUCUCUGCCUUUUGGACUGAGUGAAAAUUCCACCAAGAAGCAAGAAGAGGAAAAAACACCUUUAAAGGGGAAAAUGGACAUGAAAAAGAGGAUUCACUUGGAGCUUAGAAACAGGACACCAUCUGAUGUACGAGAACUUGUCCUCGACAACUGCAGGUCCAAUGAAGGGAAAAUCGAAGGCCUCACUUCAGAAUUCGUCAAUCUUGAAUUUCUUAGCUUGAUCAACGUGGGCUUAAUCUCAGUCUCCAACCUUCCCAAGCUUGGCAAGCUAAAAAAAUUGGAGCUCAGUGACAACAGAAUUUCUGGCGGCCUUGACGUUUUAGCAGAAAAACUCCCGAACCUCACGCACCUAAACCUAAGUGGAAACAAGCUGAAAGACAUCAGCACAUUGGAACCACUGAAAAAACUGGACAACCUGAAGAGCCUCGACCUUUUCAACUGUGAAGUGACGAACCUCAAUGACUACCGGGAGAGCGUCUUCAAGCUCCUUCCACAGCUCACGUACUUGGAUGGAUAUGACAUGGAUGACCACGAAGCCUCUGACUCAGAUGGAGAGGUGGAUGGAGAUGGAGUAGAUGAAGAAGAUGAUGAUGACGAAGAAGGAGAGGAGGAAGAAGACGAAGAUGGGGAAGAUGGUGAAGAGGAUUUUGAUGAAGAGGAUGACGACGACGAUGAUGACGAUGAAGUUGAAGGCGAAGAAGAUGAGGAGGAUGUAAGUGGAGAAGAUGAGGAGGAAGACUUUGGUCAGGAUGGAGAACUUGAUGAUGAGGAUGACGAAGAGGAUGAUGAUGAUGAGGAAGAAGAGGAAGGUAGAAAAGGCGAGAAGAGAAAGAGGGAGGCUGAGGACGAAGAUGACGACGAGGAAGAUGAUGAUUAAAAGCAAAUGGCCUACCAGUUACCAACCCCUUACCCCCCUUCCACCAAGGUUUUUUAUUUUUUUGCUCCAUUUCCCCCCUCCUCCCCCCACGCCUCCUCCAGAGCUCUGCUCCCGUAAAGGACUGGAUUGUGCUGGGUGGACUGGGCCUCAAGAGGUACGCCCAGGGAGUCGCUACCAGAACCACUCUGGUAUUAUUUCAUUCAGCAUUCCACUAUUUCAGUGUCAACCUAUUUUUUUUUGGAUUCACUUAAGAACUUCGGGGGCUGGUAUCUAGUUUGGGUUUUGCGCUUUUAAUAUUUUUGUUUGAGUUUUUUUUUUUUUUUUUUCGUUGUUUGUUUUUUAUUUUUUUCCCCCCUCCACCCCAGUAAGAUUAUUGCUAUAGCAACAAACGGUGAUGGGGGGGCCAUAGUUUAAAUGGCCCCCUGUUGCUGAAAUCAUGGUUGUAGCUACAUUUUUACUUUCUGUAUGUCAGACACAAACUUUGUAAAUAAAAUCUUAACAUUUUGCG